GCCUUUCAUCCCUGUCAAUCACUGUUGUUGCCGCCCUCUGAUAAUGCAGCAUGGGCGAAAAUACCAGACCAAAAAGCUACAGCCGAGGAAGCAGAUCGCUCUACUGUUAACGAUUUUGUACGAUUGAACUGAAAGUGAUGUUCCAACAAUGCCAAUAGUGGAUAAACUCAAAGAGGCGUUAAAGCCUGGUCGAAAGGAGACGGGGGAUGAGGGGGACCUCAACAAACUGUUGGCCUCUUCUGCCAAGAAGGUCCUCUUGCAGAAGAUCGAGUUUGAGCCUGCCAGCAAGGGUUUCUCAUAUCAACUGGACAGCCUGAAGAACAAGUAUGUUAUCCUUAAUCCCCGGAACGAGGGCGCUACGGGCCAGAAGGCCUCAGAGCCGGCCUCGAUAAAGAGGCAAGUCUCAGAGAACUCAGGUGGGGGCCAGAGCGAUGGGAUCUCUGCCCCACAGAAGAUGCUCUUUCCAGGGAGUAAGCUCACCCUUAAAUGGGAGCGUGUGUACAGGGUGGGAGCCGGUCUCCACAACCUGGGAAACACCUGCUUCCUCAACUCCACAGUGCAGUGUCUCACCUACACCCCGCCACUUGCCAACUACUUACUCUCAAAGGAGCACAGCCGUGCCUGUCACCAGCCAGGCUUUUGUAUGAUCUGUAUAAUGCAGAACCAUAUCAUUCAAGCCUUUGCCAACACAGGCAAUGCCAUCAAGCCUGUCUCCUUCAUCAGAGACCUGAAAAAAAUUGCCAGACAUUUUCGCUUUGGAAGCCAAGAGGAUGCUCACGAAUUUUUGCGGUACACCAUCGACGCCAUGCAGAAAGCCUGUCUCAAUGGCUACCCCAAGCUCGACAGGCAGACCCAGGCCACAACCCUGGUCCACCAGAUCUUUGGAGGUUACCUCAGAUCAAGAGUGAAAUGCUCUAUUUGUAAAAGUGUGUCCGACACGUAUGACCCUUACCUGGACAUCGCUGUAGAGAUUCGGCAAGCAGCAAACAUUGUUCGUGCCCUUGAACUGUUUGUUAAACCAGACGUACUAUGUGGAGAGAAUGCCUACAUGUGUGCCAAGUGCAAAAAGAAGGUUCCGGCGACCAAGCGCUUCACAAUCCAUCGACCAUCUAACGUGCUGACCGUUUCUCUGAAGAGGUUUGCCAACUUCAGCGGCGGGAAAAUAACAAAGGAUGUUGGGUACCCAGAGUUCCUGAACAUCCGCCCCUACAUGUCUCAGAGCUCAGGCGACCCUGUGAUGUACGGCCUCUACGCGGUGCUGGUGCACUCCGGCUACAGUUGUCACGCUGGCCACUACUACUGCUAUGUCAAGGCAAGCAACGGGCAAUGGUACCAAAUGAAUGAUUCAAUGGCGCACUCUAGUAACAUCAAGGUGGUGUUGAACCAACAGGCCUACGUGCUUUUCUACCUGAGGAUCCCUGAAACAAAGAAGAAUGCAGAUGGACAGAGUACCAAGCAGGGCAUGUUGCAUUCUGGGAAGAACAGUGUGUCGUCUGAGCAGAUUAAGAGGGCCAAUCUGAACGGGCCUCUCUCCUCCCCGCAGAUUACUAAGAAACUUGAGCCUGCACAACUGCGUAAGAUCCAGUCCAUGGACGGUGGUUUGGGCCUCCCCAUUUCCAGGAAUGGUGUGGGCUCUCAGCCAGUGCCCAGACUCUCCAACUGGGUGUCCAACGGCACAUCAAAGCUGCCAGGUGGACCCACGUUUAUCGACGAGCCAUUCAAGAAGCUGAAGAAGCCGUCCCCCCAGAGCCAGGGGCCGUCCCGCAGCGGCACCCCCACCCCUUCCAACGGGGUCAGCAGGACGGAGGGAGACAAGAAGCAGGGCGGCGAAGGCAGAGGCAUGUCAGCGUCUACCUCAUUCAAGUCUUUGUCUGACUCCUCCUCUGCCGACACAUCGGACUCCAAGGACUCGGUGGGGACCAGAAGUGCGCCUGUCGGAGAGACCCCCUCCACCCCCCGGAAAGGCUCCCUAAGCCUGGCCUCUCCAGCCAAGAGCGUGGAGCGCUCUCAGAGCACAGAGGAGCAGAAGACAGCUAAAAUAAAACCCCCGGCCCUCAACAACAUCACGUCUGAAGCCACCAUGUCACCUCCACCUGCCAAGAAACUGGCCCUGUCAGCCAAGAAGGCUCGCAGCCGGAGACCGAGCAGCAUUGAUGCUCUGCCCCCUUUGCCACGCCAGCUGUCCAGUGACCCCACGCAUCAAAAUCAACUUAACCCCCUCACCUUUGCCUCACCUACCCACACUCACAGAGCUGUACCAUUCCAUUCACCUAAAGUCCAGUCUUCACCUUUGGCCCACUCAAGUGGAUCCUUCAAACAGCAGAGCCCUCAGAAACAGUCCCCUCUCUCCACUCCACAAAAACCAAACGCCAGCCUUUCUCCUAAAACCAACGGGCUUCACAAUGCCGGCCCAAAGAGCCCCAAGUCUUUCAACAACCUCAGCUCCUUGGUCCAAGAACCAGACCUCAACAGCGCUCAAAAAGUCAACCAAAAGAAGAAGAGGAAAAAGAAGCGCAGGCAUUCUGAGGUGGAGGGUGACACAGAGCCAGCAGCUGAAGUGAUACAGGCCGACCCCGUGGAGUCAGCCAGCGAGAAGAAGCGCAAGAAUAAAAAGAAGAAGCGAAAGAAGGCGCAUGAAGACGGAGAGGAAGCGAAGGAGAGGGAGUGUGUCCUGUCUCACCUGGACACACCCAACCAGGAAGAGGACUGGUGCCAGGGUGGUAUGUGGAGCCUUACAUCCCAUCCAGAUACAGAGCAGUCCAAACAAAAACCUCAGUUAGCUACCAAAACCCCAACGCUUUGCGAGUCAAAUCCGGAAGACCAGGGAAAAGACUCUGUGAAGUUGAAAAAGAAGAAGAAGAAAAAGAAGCUGCAGGUGGAGGAGGCUCUGGAGGAUACAUCUUCAGCAUGCUCCGCACCAGAGAGAACUUCUGAGAUGAAGGUCACAGUCACACAGAAUAAUACUGCAGAUUUGAUAAUGUUGAAAAAGAAAUUAAAGAAGAGGAAGAAGAAGCUAAAAGAAGAGGUGAGCCUGUGGGAGGAGAGUAGGCGCUGCUCGAAUGGACACAACGACGAGCCUGAACAAGUGGAACCUCUUUCCAACGAGAACACCAAGGAGAACGGAGAAAUUAGUAAAAACAACACAGCCAGAGUGGUGGUGUGGGACAGCCAAGUGAAAGACGGCUACAAACGCAGCAAGGCGCCAGCGGCUGAUGGAGGUGAAGUAGGAGACACCCCGGCCCCUGCGGCCCCUGCUGCUCCUGGAGCCUGGGACGGCAAAAAGACAAGUGGUGUGGUGGAGGAGCUGCUGAAGAACUCUACAGACAAGGCCUACGGAGCCAACGUCCUUAGUUGGGAUGGAGAUGUCUCUGCUAUUAGUAGAGAUGCUGCCGACGAUGUCCGCCAAGCCCAGUGUGACACUGUGAUCGAUGAGUGGGAUGAAGACUUUGAUAGGGGAAAGGUGAAGAAAAUCAAAAACUAUAAAAGAGAGAAGUGGAGAGGUGGCAGCAGCAUCUUCCAACAGAUCCAGGAAAGGCGGAGCAAGUGGUCUGUCACACCCGGUGGGAAGAGAGCUUUUGGAGUCCGUCGCUGAGAGUCCAGAUUGCUGUUGAGGCUCAUGCUGACUGGACAUUGAGACAACACUGAAUACCAAACUUCUGUACCUUUACUCACUCUUUUAUUUUUAUUAUUAUUUUUGUAUCGCUCUUUCCUGUGUUGAGACCCAAAUUACACGAAAGAACCACAGACUACUUUGACAGUCUUGAUCUCAAUUUUAAACAAACCUGAAAUAUUGGCUUCAGUGUUGACCAAUCUUAUCCCCUUUUUAAUCAAAAAUACUGAAUCAAGCUUUUCUAAGUAUGCAAUAUGUAACAGAAACCUCUACACCUCCAUAUCAAAUUAAUAUGAAAAAUAAUUUGUUGGCCUCCUUUGAGCCUAUUGUUUUUGCCCUAACAAUAUUCAGCUUCUAUAAAUUAAAUAGUUGCUAUGUGUAGUAUGAGAUCGUAUAUCUGCCACACUUCGGCUGUCUAGUAUUGGAAACUAAACACAAUCUCAGAGCCAAGUUUUGCAGACAUAAGAGCUCCGUUUGUUGGACAUUUUCAAAACUCCUAAAAUUCUUCUAUUCUAAAUUACAAAUAUCAAAAAUAUAUUAUUAUAAAUUUCUGUAUGAUUUACCUAUUUUAUACCUUUGUUCGCCGACAUUUUAUUUUGCUGCAGUGUCAGUGCCACGUGGCUUGUUUUUAAGGACCAAAUUUUGCCUGCAUAUUGUUGGUAAAAUUAAGCUUUAAAAUUGCCACUAUUUUCUUAGUAUGCAUGUUAAAGAUAUACAAAGGUACAUUUUGUUUUUAGUUGUUAGUUUUUGUUUGUAAUUUCUUUUUUUCUCCUUUAUAAAUCCUGUUUAUUUCAGAUUUAAAUGUAGAUACAUUUAAGGCCACAAAAGAAUGCUCUGUCAAUUUCUAUUAACGGUUAAACUGUUAGUGGUUGUGUUCAUGAACCACUUGUUGGAUGAUUAGCCUCUGUUUACCUUGACCUUAUUGGUUAUUGACAACUCAUAAUGUGUUAUGCAGGAUGUAGGUUGGGGUUGUUGGGAGGAACCGUCAUCAGUCCAGCGUUCAGGAGCUCUGGAGAUUUGACUUUUCACAAACUAUUCUUCACCAAUGUUCUGAAAUAAAGGGGUUGCAUUUUAUACUUGAGGCACGUUGUUAGACUGGGAUUGCCACAUGCUAAUAAUUUAUUUCCCCCUUGUAUCUUAUAUCUCUAUGCAAUUUUCUGAUGCUCAUGCUGGUCACCUAGAAACUGGGCUAGGACUCAGGAAACCAGACAACCCGUAUCCCAUUUUCAUCUCGGAUCAGACUCCCCUGUUUCAUAUUAGACUAGUUCCUAUCCAGUACCACCAUUUUGCUUCUUGUACAUCCUGUAGAAAUUGUUUUUUACAAAAUAUUUCAGGUGUGGAAACCAUGGGAUCAUCUUGCACCAAUCCUGGCACAGCUGCGUAGAGAAACUAGCGUUAUAAAAAAUGCUUUGCCAGCGUAGAAGCGUGUACAGUCCAUCUUGUGCUACCUGUUUCCCACCACCGCUGUAAAGAUUUGCCCAUCCAUUUCUUCUCAUUCUAGAGAUGUUGCCUUGAAUUGGCUAUCAAAAAAGUAUAGGAUUUAAUGUUAUAAAUAUAUAAUUUUAAAGAAGAAGACACAGAUCUUUUAUGUGCUACUAAUACUCAGAUCAAUGGGUGGACGUUAACUUGAGCAAUUAUCUGCAAAUGUGUUUCCUCGCGUGUGAGAGAGCUGUCUUCGUGCAAGACCUUCCCUAUGUCACUGUGGUGUGUACAGUACAAGAGACUACAGCAGUCUAAUUUCCAUAGGACAUGUUUGUCUGCUGUGAAAUCGGCAAAGCGUGUGACUCAAACUAACACAGGAACAUUUACCAGUGUGGAUGGACGGUCCACAUGUUUGCAUUGAUGGUUCUAUAUUUUGCACCACUUUUUCUGACCAUGGAGGAGACCUUUCAUAAUGAAAGUGUCUCUUUCCACAUUAUAGUUGCAGUUAAAGGUGCAAUAAAGUUGUGACUUUUGUGA